UACUAUCUGUAGUCACUGGCUGCGUGUACGAACAUGUUUAUGUAAAAAUAUGUACUUGAUCCACAAUUACCCGUUACAAUUUUUCUUUUAAAUUGUGACCAGACAUGUGUUAAUUGAAUUAACGAUGAAUGUAAAUAAAGGCAAGAAGAUUAAAGUAAUUUUAGAUGAGAGCGUAAAGCAUCGACGUAGUUCACUAAAAGUAAAUUUAAGUUGUGGUUCAAACUUGACAGAUUCUGGUAACGAAUCGCUCAAACAAACAGAUAUCGAGUAUCAUGAUGAUACAUGGUUAGGAAAUAAUAAACCUGGAUGCUCCAAUGGCAAGCAAACAUUUGUCAAUCAUAGCCCUGUAUCUCCUUCAAAAAUUGCAAAUGUAAGUUUAGAAAAAAUAAGUUACAAUGAUGCAAUUUUGAAUAGACAUUGUGAAAAAUUAAAAUAUGCUAUAUUAACCAAAACUAAUCAAAUGUUUGAUAAACAAAACAAACUAUCCCUUAAGACUUGUACAGUUUUAAAUGCUAUAGACGAUCGAUCAAGUACCGCUCAAAAUAACAAUGUUACUUGUAUAACUGAAAAAAAAAAUGUUAAUCAAGUUGAAUCGAAGUACACAGAAACCAAUUUGCAUCAAAGUAUUAAUAGUACACCAAAUGGGGAUAAAUAUAGACCCAAAAGUAUGAAAAACCAAAGAAAACAAAAUAGAUUAAAAAAGAGACUUUUAUUUCUUGCAAAGGAACCAUCGAAUGAUAAAAGUUUUAUUAGUUCUCGAAAUCAAUCUCUUUCCGUUUCAAAUACUUUGGUACGCGAAGAUACAUCUACAGCAACACCAAUUGCAUGCUCUACAAUGAUAGAUGGAAAUAAUAAAAUAUCUGUUACAGACGAUGAAAUACACUUUCAAGCUAGAAAUAGUUUAUCUUUGGUUUCAAACAUGCGUGCAGGAAAUAGUACGACAUCUAUGGAAAUAACAGAUGUUUGCGGAGGAUUUAUAUUAUACGAUAAACCACAGUCGUCUGUAAAAUGUUUAGCAAAAGAUGCGUCUAAAUAUUGCUUACGAAACAGAGCAUCCGAUAAUUGUGCUUCAGGUUCUCUAGAACAAACAUUGUUGCAAACAAAUCCAAAUGAUGAAAAAUUAUUAUACGAAACAUCCAACAAGUUCGUAAAAGCUACUACAGUUAAUAAAGAUAUCGAAGAAAACACCGAUAUGCAAUGGAAGAACAACCCAAGCAUAGAAACAGAUAGUGCAAAUACACUCCAAACUUCUUUAAAUGUAAACACUUCCAUUGACAUGGUCAAUGGAAAAAGCAUAGAUAAAUGCACACAGAAACACGAGAAAAAAACAUGUAAAAAUUUUAAAAGUAGAUAUAAAGAAGGUAUAGCAGGUGUAGCAGGUUUAGAAGAAGCUCAGGAAAGUAUAAAUACCGUCUGUACUUCGUUACAAAUGAAUACAUCGUUAAAUACUUUAAGUACGUCUGAAGAAAACGAUUGUAGAAAUAUAACAUCGGAAUUGAACAAUGAGAAGCAUAAAGAAAAGAAGAAAAUUAAUAGCGUAACUGUUAGUAAUCGGAAUAGACCAGUUGUUGAUCAAAUUUAUAGCAAUGAGCAAAGCUACAUAGAAGCCACCCCAUAUCCUAUGUACCGUUCUGUUAUGUUAAAAUCACAAUUAAAACAAAAUGCUAUAGCAUGUUCACUCGAAGGCAACAAUCAAUUUAAUGGAAGUGAAUUAAAAAACUCUACUGAUAUACAUGUUGAAGCUAAAUCACGUUUCCCGGAACAAGACAGGCCAGGAGUAUCUAUAAAUGUGUGUGGUCAAAAUCAAGAACAAACAAAAAGGAACACAAUUAUUUUGAACCAUUCGUCGUGUUAUGAGAGAUCUAAUAUGAAAUCACAAACAUCUGUACCUAUAGAAGAAGUAGUUAAUGAAAAUAAAUCGAAAGAAGAUAUAAAUAUUAAGAAAAUUGAUAAAAAAAGAUGUAAAAAAAAGCUGAUGCCUCUUCAUGAAUGUUCACAAGUAUCAUUUUCUCCUAUGGAAAAACAAUAUUCACCUCCUAGGUGCUUAAUGUUUAAAAAACAAGUUAAAAGAAAGAAUAAAUGUAAUAAAAUGAAUACUAGUAACGUUCAACGCAAUGAAAGAGAAGAAAAAAAAAAAAGUCAAGGGAAAAAAACAAAGAAAGUUGUCAGUAAAAAGAUUGUUAUUAAAAAAAUCGUUAAUGAAGACAUUUUAAAGAACUUGGAGGAAAAUAGAGAAAAUUUGAAUAAAACGCGAGGAGAUGUGCAUGGUUCGAAUGGAAAUUCGUCAAAUGAUUUUCAAUCCUUGAAAAGACCAUCUACUACACAGUUUACAAGAAAAAAUGGACGUAGAAUAAAUAUUGUUACAACUGGUUUAUCUAAUGAAGAUAAAGGUAUAGUUAAAAGCGUUGUUAAAACUCUUGGUCUUGCAAAACUUGAAUCAAAUGUUACGAAACAUACAACACACGUUGUAACCACAGGUGUCCGUACAAUAAAUUUAUUGCAUGGAAUUAUACGAGGCUGCUGGCUUGUCGGCCUUGAAUGGGUUUUAAAAUCUUUAGAAAACAAUGCAUGGUUAAGUCCAGAAGAAUAUGAAAUGGCGCACUUUUCAAAGGCGGUGCUGGUAAAAAUACACUAUUUAUUAAUUGAGAAUCGCAAAGAUAGGCAGUUGUUUGGAUCAUCUUAUGUUCCAGAAUUGUUUGCUGCUUGUGGAUAUAUAUACAUUGAAAGGAAUACAACACCUCCUUAUAGCGUGUUGAAAGAUCUCAUAAAAGCUGCAGGUGGUUGUAUUACUGAAAAUCCAGAUAUAGCAAAAGUUGUUAUUGGUACAGAAGGUAUAAAAGAAACUUGGGUUUUAGAUUGUAUCACGUCAGGUGAAUUACAACCAUAUAAUCAGUAUCGACGAUGAUAAGUUUUUUGUAUUUUAAGUAUUAACUCUUAUACGUCGAAUAUUGAAUUGGAUACCAAACUCAUUUGGUACUUGUAGCAUUUAUGGUAUAUCAAUUUAAAGUUUUAACCUUAAUGAAGAUAAUUAUACAUAUACAAUGUAGGCGCUUCAUUAAUAUUCUUAAUAAAAAAUGAUUGAAUGCCAGUUACAGUGAACAGUGACUAUAACUGGUGAUUUUCAUGUUUCUUUCAUGAAUAUUUUCAACAUUUGCAAUUGUAAAUUGAAGGAUUUGUUUAUUUAUCUAAUUGUUUCCCUGAAAUCUCAGGAAGGGGGUGCGUUUCCUGGGAGGGUGGCGUAUUGUAGGAUUCAAGAUUUUAUUUGAGAAAAUUUUCUUCUUUUUUGAAUACAAAAAUUUCUCCUCUGAAUUGGGCAUAAUGCCUGCUGA